AUGCAGACCCGUGGACGUUCCCUCAGCCUUACUCUCGCCUUGAUUGCGCUAGUUCCUGCCACGCUGGCGCAAACGGCUUGCCCAGCCGGAAGCUACAACACCGAGACCGGCGAAGAUCCAUGCACCGCAUGCCCUGCUGGCCAGUACCAAGACCAAACUGGUCAAACUGCGUGUAUCAACGCCCAGGCGGGGUAUUUCGUCGCCGACACGGGCGCCACAGCACAGACUAUCUGCCCGGCGGGUUCCUACAGCGCGACGGAGGGCAGCACGGAGUGCACCACUUGCCCGGCAGGGUCGUCCUGCCCUACGGAGGGUGAGACGGCUCCUGUGUCGUGCCAGCCGGGGCAGUUCCAAGACCAGACCGGCGCGACGACCUGUAACGAUUGCGCAGCGGGCUCCUUCAGCGACGUCUCUGGCGCCACGGCGUGCUGCACCUGCUGCUCCGGAUAUUACCAAGACCAGACGGGUCAGACGUCGUGCACGAUCUGUCCCGCCGAGGGAACCUUUGCGCAAGGCUACUCGGACCCCGGCGCGACGAAUGUCGAGCAGUGCACUGCGCAGUCCGGCGCCGUCGCCACUUGUGACCAGGACACCUCGACUGGCACAUGCCCCACGACGACCGCAGAUCCCGCUACGCCCACCGGCGGAACGCGCAAGCGUGCCCCGCUCCGCCCUCGUUCCGGGUCGUGCGCACGCGGCCAGAGCUCCUGCCCGGUCUACAAAAACGGCGGCGUAUCCGAAUACGAGUGCGUCAACACGUCGAUGAACCUUGAGCAGUGCGGCGGAUGCGUCACCAACGGAGGCGGCCUUGACGGCGCUCGAUCGCUCGACGGCGGGAGGGACUGUAGCGCGAUCCCUCAGGUGGACGAGGUCAGCUGCUUCAAGGGCGGAUGCCACAUCAAAUCUUGCCGCGCUGGCUACGAAGUCUCGGAGGAUGGUGAACGCUGCCAGGCUUCGAAGAGGACCACUCGCAGGCGCUCGCAGGGUCGUAAGAGUAAGAAGACGCUCUAG